AUGAAUCUGGUACAUAUUCAGGUUGAUCCCUAUGUGGGCAUCAGUGACGACUUCCAAGUUUAUGCAAAGCUUCAGGCGGAUGUGAGAGAAUAUGGUUCGACCACUGAUAAUGAAGCAGCUGCAUCCUUGUUGUUUGAGUUACAGAAUAGGAUAUAUGAAUCUGAAAAGAUCACACUAGAGAUCUUGGUUCGGAAUCUAUCAAGCAUUACUGAGCUGGAGACAGAUGACCUAAUGAAGCACAUGUCAGAAACAUUCACACCUGAUGAUGCAUUUGUGUAUGGUCCACAUUCAAUGCUUGACUCGGAUCACGUCCAGGCAUCUGCAUUCUCCAAGGAAUCUUCUUUUGAUGGGGAUUUCCCUACUAAUUCAUUUGAGGAUGAUGUGACCAGUGAAUCAUCUGUUGUUGACCUCUCCCGCUUUAUUCCCAGAAUACCUCCAUCCCCAACCCCUUCCAUGUCUCACAUUGUUAGCAUUGGGCAGCUUUUGGAAUCAGCACUCGAGGUGGCUGGUCAAGUGGCUGGAACAUCUGUCUCAACUUCACCCCUUCCGUACAGUGCCAUGGCUAGCCAGUGUGAAGCUCUUGGCGCAUAUUCAAGAAAGAAGCUCUCUAGUUGGUUGAACCAUGAAUCCCACCACACAAAAGGUGCUGAUAUUCUGUUUCCGGCAUUCCCUGAAGAUGGACGGUCAACCAUCAAGAAG